UGGGAGCCGAGCCCCAAAACAAGCGUGGUCGCACGGCGGGUGGGGGCGUCCGAUCCCGGCGUGGCCGCUGGGGUGCUGCCGGUUCCUGGCAUUGUCGGAGCCUUUCCUCUCCCGAGCGCCGGUUCCCGUCCCUGCGGUGACGCUGAGCAAAUAUUGGGACCGUCUGAUCGCAAGGGCAGGGGCAGGCUGCGCGUUCCGAACAGCCUCCAGGCUUGGAAGUGUGGCUCAUCUCUGCCACGGCAUCCCUCGCCUCCCCAGAGGGAACAUCAAAGAGCCCCUGCACCCAGGGUCAAGGGCUGGAGGCUUUGACGGGGCUCCUCCGCUCGCUUGGGGCGGGUGGCGUUUGUGAGAGCGACGAUAGGAGUUUGCGAGAGCGACGUGCAGAGUUAAACGUGUUUCUUCUACCUUCGGUACGGUCCUCGCUCGGUCUCAUCUCACCUAGGCCAGCAAAAGCGACCAGUCUCUGAUGUAGCCAGUCCAAAUCCCAGCAGCAAGUUUCAAAUGUGGAGCAGUUCCGCGGGGACCGAGCUUUUCCUUAAAAUGGGACAUUUCACUAUCCCUGUCUGCUUCUACCCAACAGGAACGUGCUCAUACAGCACCCAGUCGCCCCUUGCCUACCUAAUCAAUGACAUUCUAGGUACUGUAUCAAUGUUUUAAAUAUUGUCAUAAAACGCAUUAAAAUUCAACUUUGCGGGCCUUGCAGGUCAUCUCUUUUGGAAAAACCCGUAUUUUAAUGAGCUGUGACACGUGGAUAAAGGCAGGACUUGUCUCGUGGAUGGAGUUCUAACUCGGCAUUUAAGGUGGCUAUGGUAGAAGUUCAACUAGAUGCAGACCACGACUACCCACGAGGUCUCUUGAUAGCCUUCAGUGCCUGUACUACCGUCCUUGUCGCAGUUCACCUUUUUGCACUCAUGAUAAGUACCUGCAUUCUUCCAAACAUAGAGGCCGUUAGCAAUGUGCAUAAUCUCAACUCUGUAAAGGAAUCCCCUCACGAGCGUAUGCACCGGCACAUUGAGCUUGCCUGGGCGUUUUCUACUGUCAUUGGAACUUUGCUCUUUCUUGCAGAGGUGGUAUUACUGUGUUGGGUGAAGUUCCUUCCUUUAAAGAAGAACCCUAGUGGUCCGUCCCAGAACAGCAGCUCCACCAUCACAUCAGGACAGGCAGCAGCCAUUGCAUCAACAUCUAUUAUGGUUCCCUUUGGACUGAUUUUCAUUGUGUUUGCCGUCCACUUCUACAGGUCACUGGUCAGCCAUAAAACAGACAGGCAAUUUCAGGAACUGAAUGAACUUGCUGAAUUUGCACGGCUCCAGGAUCAGCUGGAUCACAGAGGUGAUGCCAUCUCCCCAGCUGUUACCCAUUUUGCAUAAACCUGUACUUAAAGAAAAUAAACCCACUAUCCUGC